AUGCUGAUGAGGCCCACGUCAAUCAUGCGAUACUUUCAUCUCGCCACCAUCGCCCUCACCCUAUGGAAACUCCACGUGCAGGAUUUGCUAGAAAACGGUCUACCAAGAAGAUUACGAACAGCUUACACCAACACGCAACUUCUCGAGCUAGAAAAAGAGUUUCAUUUCAACAAAUAUCUUUGUCGGCCACGAAGGAUAGAAAUCGCAGCUUCAUUGGAUCUUACAGAAAGACAGGUGAAAGUUUGGUUUCAAAAUCGACGAAUGAAACACAAGCGGCAGACACUUAGCAAGGAAGACGGAGACGAGAAGGAUGGUUCCACUUCGGAUGGCAUGGAAAAGCCUAAGAGUGACAAAAUGUUAUCAGCUGAUAACGAUGAAAAGAAGAGUUGUCAUAACUGUGAUAUUUCGGGUGUGGGCGAUGUCGGAAGCACUCUUACUGGCGACGUUACCGAUUUAGGUUCGUCCGGUCGAAGAAACAGUAACAACAAUAACACACCUGGUGCGACUAACAACAAUAAUAAUAACAACAACAACAGUAAUCCAGGCUUUAAUACGAAUAGCAAUGGUGCCAGUAGCGUCGGCAGUACUAACAGUGUGUCCAGCUCAUUCGAGAAGAUGAUAGUGGACGACGAUUCGAGAUCGCAAGAUGGAAGUGAAGUGACGUCGCCGAGCGUGACGAAAAAAUUGUCGGGUGAAGUGAGAGUGAAGGUUGAGAGCGGUCACAAAAGUCCGAACACAGCGAAGCAGCAACAGAUCUCAGUGAGCAAGAAAUCACCAUCGGCCAGCACGAAGGACAUGUGUUCGGUGAACAGCAACGGUGUGCUAUUAGCUAUGCCGGACUCGACGGUCAGCACGCCGGUACUACCGGGUCAGAAUUCCACGAGGAGCCUGACACCAUCCUCGACACCCGGUACACCCGUUUCCGUCCAGCUUCAGCAAGGCAGCCCCCUCGGUAUGCAGCAAGCGGCGGCUCACACAGCUUACAUGCAGAGACCGCGUAGCUCACCGUCCUCCACGACAUCCUUGCCAGGCCCGAUGUUGCACGCCCCUACAAAUCCGGGAACGAUGUCGCCGCACGGUGGCCGAAACAUCUCGAACAGCCAGCAAGCACACUUCCAACAGCAAGGCGUGUAUCAGCCCACGCCGACAAUUGAUUACCGAAACGGCGUACCGACCAACAGGCAGAGUAUACCUACGGCGUCGCAACAGAGCCAGUCGCAAAAUAGUUACUGCACCAGAGAUUCGUAUCAACAAUCAAGAAUCUCUUAUCCAAGCGAGGUGAAUUCUCUGUACGUGAGACAAAACCAGGCGGUGGGCUCGAGAGUAGCACAUCACGUAAGAGCAACGGGCACGGCGGCCUCGAGAUCGAUGUACGGCGCCAACAUGCAGUUUCAUCAGCAACAGUUGCAAUACGGUAGCACCGGAGAGUAUAACGGAUAUCCUCAAGCUGGACCACCUUAUCACGCUUAUCACAGAGGUAUGCAGGGUACCAGCGCGUACAAUUCCGGUCAGGGGUACUCGGCGACGCAGAACGAGCAGAGCACCGACGGCUAUAUGACGCCUGGAAAUUACGGUUAUUCGUCCGGCAGCAAUUAUCAUGGGACCGGCGAGAAUCUAGCGACGCACGGACACGCCGCUGUAUCCGCGCAAACCGGACAGCAUUAUUUCAACGAUAUCCAACAACAGCAACAGCAUCCACAGCAACAUACCGCCGAGGGCUACGUCACUCACCAGCCGCCGAUGCAUCCAAGUUCCGGCGACUACCGACCCGGGAACAAGUGCCAUCCGGGAGCGUAUUACGAGCAGACCGCCGCCGGUCAGCUGCACGUUCAUCAGGGCGGCGAGGCUUCCAGCAUCCCGAACAGUUACGUAUCGUCGCCCGAUCCGUUUCCGGCGCCUGGCAUGACGACAACCGCGACGGCGAUCGCAGCUGCUACCGCAGCAGUUAUUACGCCACCCGGAACCGCCGGCCAGGCUGACGGUAGUAACAACGAGUCCUAUGGCAAUUAUGGGAAUUUCUACGGCGAGCCGGUACACACCGCCGCGGCGCCGCCACCAUCCGCCGACAACAGCAAUAGCUCGUCCGAUUUCAACUUCCUCAGCAACCUAGCGAACGACUUCGCGCCCGAGUAUUACCAGCUCAGCUGAGUCCACGAGACCGAGAAUCCUUGCCAGCUGGACUGGGGCGAUGAGCAAUGU